UCUCUCUCAAUCUGCUGCUGUCUGCGGAGCUUCAAGAACUCCUGACGCUUCUCCACCCGUUCUCUCUCUUUGGCAAAUUCCCUAAGACGAAAACACACAGAACACUUUUUGAACCCGAAAAAUAAAAGUUACAUUACAAGGAAAUGAAGGAAGAACAACAAUUUGGAGCAAACAGCAACAUCUUAAGUAAAACAUAGCAAAGAUGACUUAAAUUUGAAAGACCUGGCAACCUGGCAACAAAACUAUGAGGAAGUAAAACAACUUGGACUUAUGCCCCGGCGUUAUAUAUCAUCAAAACAAACUCUAGAAGAGAAAGAAAGGUAUGUUUCGACACAAAGGAUCCGACUUAGCUUACAAAUAUAAAUAAAGGAGUAUUAUGUGUUCGAAGCAUUUGUAUUGAAACGUGGUUAGAAACAUAUUAUGGUGGUAUAAUGUAUAUAUUAUUGCACAUCUAACAAUAAAACAGACAGGAUCAAUGUGAUCAUAUUAUGGCAUUGUUUAGAAAACAAGAAAUAAAUGUCUAAAAAGGAAAAUGUCAGAUCAAAGGACACCGCAUCACAUGGUGGUGCAGGGAAGAAAUUCCCCCACGUCUAAUCCAGACACCAGCCAAUCUGAGAUAAGAAUGGUUAUGACUGGGGGUCGGCAGUUAAUGGGAGUAGAAGCAAGUGGAAAAAGUUCAGCAGGAAACAUAAUUUUGGGGAGAAAUGCUUUUGAUACCAGUAGAAGAACUGCACGAUCUGUUCAAUCUACAGGAAACGUACAUGGAAGACGCCUGACUGUUGUUGACACACCCGGCUGGUGGUGGCAUUACUCUGUAGAAAUCACUCCCAAGUUCGACAGACGGGAACUCAUAAGAAGCCCAACACUUUGUCUACCAGGACCCCAUGCCUUCCUUCUGGUCAUACCUGUAGAUUUAGCAUUUCCAAGUGUCUACAGAAUAACUCUGGAACAACAACUGAAGUUUUUGUCUAAGGAGGUCUGGAGACACAUUAUAGUGUUGUUCACUUCUACUGAGCCAGCAUGUGAUGAGAGCUCUUUGAAAAGCAAGAUUAGAAAAUGGCCAGAUCUCGAACAGCUGCUAAAGAGAUGUCACAACAGAUACCACAUUCUUAAUAUUAACAACAAGAGCGACAACACUCAAGUUAUCACGCUGCUGGAAAAGAUUGAGAAAAUGGUGGCGCAAAACAAUGGUCAUCACUUUAAAAUUGGCAGGAACAUCUAUGUAGCGGGUGAGAGAGAGAAGGAAACUAGAGAAAGAGCAAAUCAAAGAGUUCUUGCUGUGAAGAGGCAAAGAUCUGAACUCCGAGCACGGUUUAGAGAUGGGCCACAACAUCUAACUGAUGUAAGGAUUGUGAUACUUGGAGCAGCAUGGGCUGCAAGGAGCUCUGCAGGCAACAUCCUUCUUGGAGAAGAAGCUUUUAAAGUUGACGAUUCAAGAACAACAGUGUGUUGUGAGGUAAAACAUGCUGAAGUGUACGGGAGGAAGUUGACAGUGGUCGACACUCCAGGCUGGUACUGUAACAUUCAUGUUGAGAGCACAUCAGAGCUGGACAAAUUGGAGAUUAGAUGUAGUGUAUGUUUAUGUCCGCCUGGUCCCCAUGUCAUUAUACUAACUGUUCCAAUUGCCAUAACUUAUGACAAGACUUACAACAAGGUUUUGGAAGAACAUAUGGAUAUCUUGGGGAAGAAGGUCUGGAAUCACACAAUCGUGCUGUUUACCCGAGGAGACUGGCUUGGUGAUACAAGCAUUGAGGAACGUAUUGAAAAUGAGGGGAAGCAACUGCAGUGGCUUAUUAGAAAGUGUGGGAACAGAUAUCAUGUCUUUAACUGUAAGCAGCACACUGACAACACACAAGUCCUGGAACUACUUGCAAAAAUUGAGGAAAUGGUGAUGGAAAACAAUGGUUGUCAUUUUGUACCAGAAACAGACAGUAAUCCGUCCACAGAGCUUGAGCUAAAGAUGAAAAUUGCAAAUAGAAAGAUGAUGAAAGUGAGACGGCAAAGAGAUAUCCUUCAAGAACUCCUAAAGGAACGGAAACACAAUCUUUCAGAUGUGAGGAUUGUGCUUCUUGGAGGAGAAGGAGUUGGGAAGAGCACAUCAGGAAACGUCAUUUUACAAGCAAAUGUUUUUAAAAAUAUGCAGGGGGAGAACUGCAAAGUCAAGAAAAAAAUCAGGCAAUGUGUAAUGCAACAGAGGAAAGUGGAAGAAUGGCAUGUCUCAGUGGUGGACACACCAGGCUGGUCCUCUUCUGCUCUGGAAAAUGCAAAAGAAAUUGCGCAAAGCGUGACCAUUUGCUCUCCAGGGCCACACGUAUUCCUGCUAGUGUUACCUGCACAUCAGUCUUUUACACAGACAGCUCAACAAACAGUAGAGCAACUCAUGAGUCUUUUUGGCAAAGGUAUCUUUAGACAUACCAUAAUAUUAUUCACUGGAGGACGCUGGUUGAGGGACAGGCCCGUGGAGCACUACACUGCGUGUGAAGAGGAAGCGCUGCAAAAGUUGAUCGCAAGAUGUGGCAACAGAUAUCACAUGCUUAGCGACAAGGGUAGCAAAUAUCAGGUCAAAAAAUUGCUUAAGCUGAUUGAAGAGAUGGUGAGGAGGAACAGAGGCGAAUACUUUACUCCAGAAAAGAAAGACAUCAAGCCGUUACCGACUGUGCUCCAGUUACUUAAUGAGUCAAACACAAUGAGAGACGAGUGGAACAAACGUGAGGAUGAACUUAUAGACAAAAUGUUAAAGGCAGCAGUGGUGGAUUUGGAUGGAGAAGAAUCCGAGCAGCCAUCUUACCGACGAAGAGAAAGUAUUAGUCAGUCAACUGCUGCUAGUGAAGACUCAUUAUCUGAGAGCGGAAUUUCCAUUGGAGCUGAAACGCUAAGCCCUGUUGCGAAAGUAUGUUCAUGGCUGGAGCAUUUCACCAAUAAUGGAGCUUCACUUGUCACUUCAUCAACUAUUCAAGACCUGAAUAUGGAAAGUGCCACAGAUGAUUUACUAAUUUUCAAACACAAUGCCAGUGACAUGGCUAAAUAUCUCAGUAAGAUAAGAGAGCGAAAACAUGGAAGGUCAUUGUCAUUUUAGAGAUGAUUUUGUGAACCCCCUGUGAGUGAUCAGUUAAUAAAUGAAUAUAAGCUUUGUUGACUAAAACAUGUAAAUGUAAGUGUGACUUAAGCCUCCUGUUUCUUGUUUCAAACACACUACAUGUAAUAUAUUUGUUUGCCUUUUAACAUUAGCAGUAAUAUUUUGCAAAACUGCAGUUUGAAUAUGAAUAAUUUAAUGAUAAUGAUGAAAUACUACUGACAUUUGAUCAAAGCAAAUAAACAAGUUAAUAUGAUACCAGUAAUGACUAUAGCCAAUAAGUGUUUUGCCCUGUCCUUUAGAAGAAAAGUCGCGUUGCACAGGUCUCGCAUCUCUCACGUAGGAGCUAAAGAAGCAUAAAAUGAGGAGCGACAGCAGUGAAGGACAAGAGAGAACCAGCCCUGGAUUUUAUGUUAUGUUUUAUUAUGUUAGUUUGAACGGCAGUCGACCGUGAAAGGACCUGUCGGCAUUUUACUUUCGUUUGGUUUCUUUGUUUAUUUUACUAAGUUUGGUUUUAACUUUGGUCCGUUCCCCGCCUCCUUCCUUCCUUACUUGGAACUUUGUUACAAUAACUUUUCUCACUGUUACAGAAACAGUGAUCAAACUACAUGUGGGGUGAUGUAAUGAUGUUUGGUGGUGAACCACUUUACUUUAACAUUUACAUUUAUGCAUUUUGCAGACGCUUUUAUCCAAAGCGACUUACAUUGCAUUAUCCUAUACAUUUAUACAUAGGUAUGUGCAAUCCUCUGGGAUCGAACCCACAACCUUGCGUUGUUAACGCAAUGCUCUUACCGCUGAUCUACAGGAAAGCUUUUCCAUCACUUCAUACUCUUUUAUUAUUUUUUGACACACUGGGAACAGUUGUAUGUAUGGUAACUUUCUCAAAUGUCUCAAGAGAUACCAUGCAAUAUUUUG